AUGGAGGAAACCGGUGCCAAACUCUUCCGCCGGCUGCGCCGCAGCGUCCCCCGGACACACAGACAGGAGCUGCGCCACAUCGUCCGGAUGACGGGACCCCUGCUGCUGUCUCGCUUCCUGCAGUACCUGCUCCCGUUCGUGGUCACCAUAUUCUGCGGCCGCCUGGGGAAUGAGGUGAUGGCCGGCUACGGCUUAGCGUCUGCUACUAUAAACGUUACCACCAUAGCAACUGGGAUCGGGCUGGCCAUGGCGUGCGAUACCUUAGUGUCCCAGACGUUUGGUGGGAAGAACCUGCUGCGGGUGGGGGUCAUCCUCCAGCGGGGCGUUCUCAUCCUGCUGCUGUUCUGCCUGCCCUGCUGGAGCCUGCUCAUCAACGCCCAGGCCAUCCUGCUCUCCCUGGGCCAGAACCCCGAGGUGGCCAGAAUCGCCCAGCUGUACAUCACAGCGUUCUUACCUGCGGUGCCGGCAAUAUUUCUGUAUCAGCUUCAGGUUUCUUAUCUGCAGAAUCAGGGCAUAAUACUGCCUCAGAUGUACGCGGCGGCCUUGGCAAACAUCGCCAACGUGGUGACAAAUUACAUCCUAAUUCACUGGAUGGACCUGGGAGUUAAUGGAUCGGCGGCAGCCAAUACCCUGUCUCAGAUUUACAUCUGUUGUGCGCUGUUUGGUUUCAUCUGGUGGAGGAGACUGCAUGUUAGAACAUGGGGGGGCUGGUCUCGGGAGUCACUGCAGGAUUGGGGGUCAUACAUGAGACUGGCCAUUCCCAGUGCACUGAUGAUAUGCUUUGAGUGGUGGGUUUAUGAGUUAGGGGGCUUCCUUGCAGGAAUGCUGAGCGAAAACGAACUGGCAGCCCAGCAUGCUGUCAUCAUGAUGGCUUACAUCACUUACAUGUUCCCCAUUGGCGUCCAAGUGGCAGCCUGCGUUCGCGUGGGCAACGCCUUGGGUGCCGGAGAUACCGCCGGUGCAAUUCUCGCCAGCAGAGUCUCCCUCGCUCUCGCAGGUGGCAUGGCGGUGGUUUUGGGCCUCGUGCUCGUGUCUACUAAGACUGUGAUCGGCUUCAUCUUUACCUCCGAUGAGCACAUCGUGAGCCUGGUCUCAUACCUGAUGAACGUGCACUGUGUCCUUCACUUUUUUGAAAGCAUGGUGUGCGUUUGCGUGGGGAUUCUCCUCGGCGCCGGCAAGCAGAAGAUCGCCGCCGUGGCCAACCUCAUCGGUUACUACUGUGUCGGGCUUCCGCUGGCCAUUACGCUGAUGUUCGUGGCGAAACUGAGAAUUUUAGGUUUCUGGUUGGGCCUGAUCAUCUGUGUUUGCAUACAGUCCACUUCAUACGUCACGGUCAUCUUGAAGCUGGACUGGGACAGGAUAACAGAGGAGGCUGUAAAGCGAGCUCGGAAAAACUCCUGUGCGGCGUCCCAGAGGGACGCGGCGGGCCUGUCUGGCCUCGUGGGUGACGAUGCUCCCGAGCAGAUAGCAGGCGGUGGGAAUUCCGCGAACAACCACACCUCCGGGACCGAAGAGGGCCAAGAUGGCGGCUCCGGCUCACCAUACGAACACGCGGUCCAGCAGACGGGGGGCGAACUCUCCAGAGGGCCGCUCUCUCCUACCCAGCUGAUCCUGCGGAGGGGGACCACCACGUUCGCCUUGCUGGCGGUUCUGGCCGUGGGGAUCAGCGUCCACCUCCUUCUGCCCUUGCCUCAAACCUUCCUUUCAGGGGGCAACCGGACGACGGACUGGAUCAACACAACCCACGCCCCCGAUCUGGUUCAGCCCACUGUGCCGAACUCAGAGUAACAGUUCAGGGUCAUGUUGAGUAGAGGUGGGACCAAGUCACUCUUUUCCAUGUCGCAAGUAAGUCUCAAGUCCUGGCAUUCAAGUCCCGAGUCAAACCCCAAGUCCUUCACGUUGCGUUUCAAGUCCCGAACAAGUCAUUAUGCGCUCUUCGUCAAAUUGAAUGCCAUUUCAAAAUGUUAACAACGGAGCAACAGUUGAUUUACUGGAUGUAUGCAAAUCAUGAACGCGUUGUUUAAACUUGUAUGUACUUGGUUGAGUAAAAGCGGAUGUGUCAUUAUGGAGAUGAAGUUGAUUUGACUGCGCGCUUCUUUAAAAGCCAUUUGUCUUUGGCCGUGGAGACGGUAUCAGGGUUUUCAAGUCUCAAGUGAAGUCACGAGUCGCUGGUGUCGACCUGCAAGUCUUUUUCCAUUUUGUCAGGUCUAAAGUCAUCAUGUGCGUCGAGUCUCACUUGAGUCCAGGUCAUGUGACGAGUCCACACGGCUGAUGUUUAGACCCUUACAUAACCACAGGGGCGUACAGUUGCAUUCGAUUAGUUACUUCCUUCCACAGGUGUUUGAUAGUCUCUUUGUUACGGUGCAUAAAG